ACCAAUUAAACACAAAUUGGGGAAAAUCUUAGGGUUUUUCCUCAAUGUGAUCCCACUUUCCCCAAAUCAAAAACCCCCAAAUUUUCGAGCUUUUCUUUCUCUCUGGGUUUUGUUUGGAAUUCAGUAAUGGCGGAUGACUCCGACGCUUCUCCGCUCAUCGCUCCGACCCCGAUCACCGAGCCCAGUGAGAUCGACCUCGAAGCCGGCCCCGGCGAGCAAAUCCAGUGCCGAAUUUGCCUCGAAAGUGAUGGUAGGGAUUUUAUUGCUCCUUGCAAAUGCAAAGGGACUUCGAAGUAUGUUCACAGGGAAUGUUUGGAUCAUUGGAGAGCUGUAAAGGAAGGUUUUGCAUUUGCUCAUUGCACAACCUGCAAGGCUCCUUACCAUUUGAGAGUUCAUCAAGCUGCCGAUAGGAAAUGGCGAACCUUGAAAUUUCGGUUCUUCGUGACCAGAGACAUUAUAUUCAUAUUUCUCGCUGUCCAGCUUGUGAUUGCUUCAUUGGCAUAUUUGGUGUUUCUAAUAGAUGGUUUCCAGCAAUUUUGGCUUCGUCUUGCAUGGGGUUUUGAUACGGGACCAAGUUUUUACUAUAUAUGUGGAGCUUUGCUGUUCUUCGCGUUGCUUGGAUUAUCUGGGUGCUUCAUUACUUGUUAUGACCGAAGAGUGCGCAACGAUUUGGCUCAGCCUUGUCGAGAGUUAUGUCUUUGUUGCUGUCAGCCUGGUGUCUGCGCAGAUUGUCAUUUACCUGGCACUCUUUGUAUGUGGACUGACUGUACCACAUGCUGGGGAAGUUGUGCAAGUAUGGCCGGAGAAUGUGGUUGCUUGGGAGGUGCUGGUGAAGCAGGGCUUCCAAUCUUAUUUAUAAUGGCUCUGAUUGUGCUGGGGCUUUUUACAAUUAUUGGGAUAUUCUACAGUGUACUGGUAGCGACAAUGGUUGGACAAAGGAUUUGGCAGCGGCAUUAUCAUAUACUUGCAAAAAGGAUGCUAACAAAAGAAUACGUUGUUGAGGAUGUUGAUGGUGAGAUGACAGGAUCUGAUUGGUCCGCCCCACCUCUCCCACCUGAGCAUGUUCAGCAGCUGAAAACCCUUGGCCUCCUGUAGAUUUGAAGGUCUUAUUACCAAGAAAAAUAACAUCAUAUUUAGCUUUUGAGUCUGAUUUGCUUUGAUCUAAAAAGAGGAGUAUAUGGUAACUGAACAUAUCUCAGAGGCAUUUCUAGUUCAGUCUAUAAAAUUUUGUGAAAAGUCUUGCCUUUCUAGCAGUGUAAGAAAUGAAGAGUGUAGGAUAUCCCAAAUAACUAACAUGUAUAUCAAUAAUGUUUUCAAGCCGACAACUUGCUGUUGGAGACCAUUUUUUUUUUUUUGAGGAAACUGUUGGAGACCAAUUUGGUAUUUUUGAUUUUAAAGAAAUUUAUGAACUUUUCUCUUG